AUGCAGGAAUACCGAAAGCGUCGUCGCGCGAUCAAAGAAAACCAGCACGAAGACUCCCUGCUUCUCGGAUUGUGCAAACCGUGUUUGCUCAUGGGGAGGAUCCUGGGAUUCCUUCCCCUCCGCCUCCACGGAGAUUUAUCCAUCAGACCCGUCUACAUCCUCACCUCCCUCCUCUCCUUCGUCAGCUACGCCCUCUGGUCCUACGUUUUCUACCUCCAUUCACCCUUCAACAAAGCGAGUGAGGAGUUGGGAGGCGACCUGGUGCUGGCGGGAGUGUCCGGGCUGGUGACCGGCGUCGUCGUCCUCGCCCUCUUUUCCCCCACGAUCCUUCUCUUCAAACUCUCCAUCUUCAGGAAUCUCAUCAGGGAUUCCCAGUCUCAGAUCCAGUUGGCAUGUCUGAAUGGGGUCAAGCGGGACGUCCAUCUCUUCAUGUUCUCCUUUCUCCUUUUCUUCGUCGCUUGCGUUUCCUUCACCAUCUGCCUCAUCGCCAUCGCGUACUUCAACGGGAUGUUCAUCUUAUUCGACGGAAAUGGUAUUUUGGUCCUCAUCUUCUGUAAGGUAUUCUUCAUGGCCGUCACCCUCUCGGAAGAAUGCGUUUUCUGCACUAUCGUCUUCUGCAUCGGUCGAGUCUUUUCUGGCCUCAACGAAAAAUCCAAGGAGAUGCUGUCGAAAAACGCCGGCACGAAACCCGAGAAGGAUCUCAUCGGGAAGAUGAGGCGGACGCACGGGUCUCUGUGCAAAAUGAGCCACACGGUGUCCAAUUUAUACGGGAGUUUCCUGCUGUUAAAAUGUUUCUUCACGUUCUUCAACUUGAUCAUCAUGAUCUACACGGUCCAGGCGUGCCUGACCAAGCAGAAAGGGUUGUGGAUUCUGAUCACCAUCGCUCCUUGUCUCAUCCUCUACGCACUGGAGCUGGUCAUCUCCACCGCCGUCUGCACGUACGCCAAAGAGAAGGCAGGUGCCCUGUCCAUACCCAAUGAAUGAUGCUCCCUCAUCGCUCGUAUUGAAGUGAACACCUUGAAGUUCUUCGCCAGGCCCCUAGAUGGCGUGAAAUUCCCUAAUGGCCGAGGGAAUCCCUCAUUUUCGGUCCUUCCCUCCCGCCAGAUGCACCGAUUCCAGAUGCAGCUUCUCCACUUGAAACCGGUGAUCUCCGUCUGGGGGAUCUUCGAGAUGCAGCUUGCUAUCCUGCCUCCGCUACUCGGGAACAUCGCAUCCUACGUGAUCGUUCUCAUGCAGUACGGCUCGAACCAAGACAUGAAGUACCUCCAAGAUAGAGCCAAGAAUUGCACCUCGUAAUUGCACCCUCCAACGCGCGACUUCGUCGUUUUUCCUCCCCUGAAGCACC